UUCAAUUUGGGAAACUCCGUUCCAGUAUUCCACAAUAGAACAGAUCAGUCCAGUUCAUGCGCCACCACAAAACAACUCAAAACCCUGCGGACCCCAACACAAAAUAAGGAAAUAAACUCAAAAUAACCAGCGUUUCUCGUCGCGGUGCAGCAACCAAAACACAAAAAAACAAAACAAAAAUGCAAACCGGAUACUCACGGCACCGAGGCUUUUAAAGUUAGUUUGUCAAUCAGACUUUUGCUCCGCUGGAACCGGCGUCUCCCGACACUCGACACUGAGCCAGCUGAUCCGACCGGGGAAUGAACAUCCAACAGACAAAUCGUGCCGACGGGACUCCAACCACGAGGAUUUAAUCCUGAAUCCGGCUAUAACCCUGAAUACACCACACGUUUAAAGUCACGGACACUCUUUUCCUCAUGGACUCUCCUUCUUCUUUUUUUCCCUCACCGGUGAGGAAGCCAUGAAUCGAGCUCUGCUUCUGAGAUUUCUUGCUUUGGCCAGUGGAGAAAGAACCGUUUGCUGGGACAUCUGUUUCCCUGCUUGAGUGGACAAAAGGGGAAUCAGAUCCAAUUCAACCACAGCACACACAGAUGAACAAGACUACAGUUUUAACACCUUCUGGAAAAAUAUAGCUGAAGAUUCAUCAUUUAAAAGGACACAUUCUUGAUACAUCUAAAGAACUUCGUUGUCACAUAUUCAAAUUCAGUCUGCAGCAGGCUCAGCUGACGCUCGACCCAGUCUGUCCUCGAACGGGCAGGACUUCUCUCCUUUCCUCUCUCUGGAGUUCAGUUAAUCUACUAAAGUAGAGGUGCACAUAACUUGCUUUGCUGGAGCAUCAGCUAAGGUGUUACCAAAUGCUGAUGUUUGUGUGUACACAGGCUUUCAUCACUGACAACUGGCAGACGAUCUGAGGACAUCAAAUUGGAGGCCUCCUCCCUUCCUCUGAGAGUAUUUCCUCAUCUGUGGUGUCAAGACGUACGGUUGUCUGGGGCCAUGAGUAGCUGCUGGGGCGACAUAUUUGAAAACCAUUUGACGUGGAACACCUAAAAUGAGGACGGGACUUGCUGCCAUGCUACAAGCUCAGCUCUAAUCACAGUGAAGACGCCUCACCAUUCACCUUUUUCUCAACUUAGAUUUGGCCUGCUUGCCCCUGACCUGCACCCUUCCUGAUUUGAAACUGCUGCUCACUGCCUUACUCCCUUCAAUUCCUUUCUUUGCCUUCUUUCUACUGAGGCAACCUCAGAAACUCCAAAUCAUGGCCAGCAAACUCCAUUUGUCCCCCCUUUCUCCCUCCCUUCUCCUUUCCCUUCUGCUCCCUGCACUGUUGCUCCUCCACCUGCCUGGCAUGGUGAAAGGGGAUUGCUGGCUGAUAGAGGGGGAUAAAGGCUACGUUUGGCUGGCUAUCUGCAGUCAGAACCAGCCUCCAUAUGAGACCAUCCCCCAGCACAUCAACAGCACGGUUCAUGACCUGAGACUGAAUGAGAACAAGCUUAAGGCUGUGCCCUUUACUUCCAUGUAUCGCUUCACAAACCUCACUGACCUCAACCUUACCAAGAAUGAGAUCAGCUACAUCGAGGAUGGGGCCUUUGCUGGACAAGCUAACCUACAGGUUCUCCAGCUUGGCUACAACAAGCUGACCAACCUGAGUGAGGGCAUGUUGAGAGGCCUGGGUCGAUUGCAGUGCCUCUUCUUGCAACACAACCUCAUUGAGGUCAUUGCCACCAACACCUUCUGGGAGUGUCUCAGCCUCAGCAGCCUGGACUUAUCUUCCAAUAAGUUGGCACGUCUUGACCCAUCUACCUUCACUCCCCUCACCCGGCUGAUGGUGUGUGAACUAGCAGGAAACCCAUUCCACUGUGGCUGUGAUCUCUAUAGCUUUCUCACCUGGCUGGAGGCUUUUAACAAUGUCACCCACACCUACGACCGCCUCCAGUGCGAAACCCCUGUUGAAAUGACUGGUUAUCCCCUCCUGAGCCCAGUGCCUGGACAUGGAAAAAAUGCCCUUUACGCUCUUUUAUCCAUGUGUCGCAAUGGUGUAAAAAUUCCUGGGAUGACCUCCCAGACGCCAGAUCAAGAUGGCUCAGGGAUGGGUUUGGAUAACCCAGACCAAGGUCUGUACCAACAGCCCACCAUAUCAUCCACUGCUGAUCCCACCUAUAGUCAUCAAAUUUCUAUGAAGCUUCAAGCUGUCUCCCUCUACACCGCUUCUCUAAUAGUGCAGAUUCCAAGACCAUACAGUAAGAUGUACAUCCUCUCCCAGUAUAACCAAACUUUUGUUGCAGACAUCAUGCCCCUUAAAAUCAAGAAGGAGAUAAUUACUUUGGACAAGCUGAAACCGCACACAAACUACACCUUUUGCGUGGUUUCUGUAAGCAAAUCUCAGCGAUACAACCACACCUGUUUGUCCUUUACUACACGAGCUAUGGGGCCAGAGGACCCACGAACUAAUCCAUCCACAACUACCCACUACAUCAUGACAAUCUUGGGAUGUCUGUUUGGCAUGGUCAUAGUGCUUGGAGUCGUCUAUUACUGUCUCAGACGGCGGCGCAUCCAGGAAGAAAAGCAGAAAGCUAUAAGUGUGAAGAAAACUAUUUUGGAAAUGAGGUAUGGUCCAGAGGCGGCUGCAGCAGUGGCCAAUGACCCAGGUGCCAUGCAACGUCUCCAGGAGCAGACUCACCACCAGCACCACCAUUCAGGAGGAGCAGGAGGCAAGCUUCCCCCAUCUGCCUCGUCUAGCACAGGCAUGCUCCAUGGCUCAACCAAUACUAGUUCUUCCCGCCUCUCCUCCUUGCCACAGGUGGAAAAAAUGGCAACUGCCUUCUCCGAGGCAAUGGGCGGCAAGGGCAACUACAUGGAUGUGAGGACGACAGGACUUGCAGUGGAAGGCAGGGAGGGAGGAGUGGCAGCUGGAGGAACAGGGGUAGGAGGGGAAGUAGUUGUGGAUAUGCGAGGUGGGGCUGAGAAUGGGACAGAGGCUGGGGAGGAUUCGGAUGAUGACGGCCGUGGCUCAGCAUCAGAGAUCUCCACCAUUGCCAAGGAGGUGGACAAGGUGAACCAGAUCAUCAACAACUGCAUCGAUGCCCUGAAACUGGAUGCUUCUGCUAAUGUUGUGACCACAGCUGACAAUGCCGUGUCCUCCUCCCAGCCUCCAACUUGCAUCACGUCCCUCCCACGAAACCUCCUGCCCCUCUCUCCGGGUCACCCUGGAGACCAGAUAAUGGCCUCCUCCCCAAAGGUGCAUCCAAAGUCUCACCCCCAGUCUCACCCCCAGUCUCACCCCCAGUCUCACCCCCAGUCUCACCCCCAGUCUCAUCCCCAGUCUCAUCCUCAACCACAUCUUCAGCCUCAUCCUCAGCUACAUCAGCAGCCUCAUCCACCUUCUAUGGCCCCAGUGCCCCUGGUCAUGCCCCUGUCUGAGCGGCCAGGGAUCAGUGGUGGGGGAUUCCUCUCCCCUCCUUACCGUGACCCACCCCCAGCCAAUGCAGUGCGGCCCCUGCAGCGGCAGUUGAGUGCUGACACUGCUGUGGUGAAGAACCGUUGUGGUGCCCCUGCUGUGGGAUCUGUCAAGAGUACCAGGGUGUACAGUGUGGAUAUCCCUGAGCAGCGCAGUGAUCCUCCCAAGUAUCCAGAAAAAGGCAGCCCUGUGGGUUGUGGUGGAGGAAGUGGAAGUGGAGGAGGUGGGGGAGUAGGGGGCUGCAACGGGAAUGGGAUGGGAAAUAUAAAUGGUGGUGGAGUGAGCGUAAAUGGGGGUGGUAUGGGGUGUAAUAAUGGGAGUGGAGGGGGAGGUGGAGUGGUUGGCCCCGGACAGCAGCAGCACCACUUGGAGGUUCAGCCAGACUACCACAGUUCAGAGCAUCGCCACUCCUUUCCGGCACUCUACUAUGAGGGUGUCAACGACUCACCCUCACCCGCCCAAAAGGCCUCAUUUCUCAAGCCACUGGGCCGCACCAAGAGGGAUGCCACAGCCACCUACUCGCAGCUCUCACCUUCCCGUCACCACAACUACAAUUCUGGCUACUCCUCCAGUCCAGAAUAUUCAUCUGAGAGCACACUCCGGAUCUGGGAGCGAUUCCGGCCUUACAAGAAAAGCCCCAGAGAGGAAGCAUCCUAUAUAGCAGCAGGCCAUGCCCUGCGUAAGAAGGUGCAGUUUGCCAAGGACGAGGACCUUCAUGAUAUUUUGGACUACUGGAAGGGGGUUUCUGCCCAGCAGAAGCUGUAAGCUGAGGAAAUAGUUGAACGCUAUAAGGGAGAUUGUGAGGUUGGAUACCAACAGCAGACUAAUGAAGGGGAUAGAUGUUAAUGUAGCAAGACGGAUAAUGAUUUCUUCUGAGAUAUCCAGUGAGAAGGGUCAUUCCCAUGCUGAAACCAGAGUUAAAAAGGUAUUCUCUCUAGGUUGUUUUUGUUUGUUUUUAGGAAUUGAUUAUUUGAUAGUUAUUUGAAAUUUUAAGAGGUUGUUUGUGAGGUUGGCUGUGUUCACCAAAAUACUGAGAGAUAAUGAACAAAAAUUAAGGUGUUCACCAGACUACCUCACACUGGGCACUUUGGUCCUCGCAGGCUUCCGUAUACAUGCUGAAACCCAACUAAUGAGCAAAGCAAAGGUGAUUACAAACAGGUAACUUCUACCUCAUUACUGGCACACUGUAGCUCAGCUAUCUCACCAGAAACAGCCGCAUUCAUGACUUAAACCCAGCCCCUUAUUUCUCUAAUCCCAUCAACCCACCUUUCACAAAACAAUAAUUCCAUAGCACCAACACCUGUUCUCCUAUAGAAGCAUCAUUUAGUGAAAUAAUGAGGGAGCAGGAUGAAAAAUUAGGUGCACUUGUUUUAUAAUAGCAUGAAUCUCCCUCUUUGGGGGAGGACAUUAAGUGAUACUUAUUGGGCUAAUUGUUCUUCCUGGCAAUUAGCCAAUGUAAGAAUAGGUCAGGGAGGCUGGAUGUUGAGCAUGCAUCGAUUUGAAACAUCUAACUACAUAUGUUCAAUGGUGUGUGGGCAUGUAUAUACAGUUUGUGCAUGCUGCUGUGAGUGAUUGUGUGUAGGUGGUGGAGUAAGGUUAGGGUUGGGGCUGAGUCGUCCAUUAUUCACAGUCUCCUCCAUGGUAGCAAAAUGGAUAGCUUAGUGAAGAUGCUUUGCAUAUAGAUAACAACCCGGUUGGCCCUAGCAACUGUCUGUCUGUCUAUCUAGAUAAUGUGAAGUAAACCCUUUCAAGACCUGCAGGCAUUUUUGUCUCGUAGCCCAUUUCCCAUUCACAGGUGUAGCAUAUUUCUUUUGAUAAGGGAACCUAUGAGGUAGGAAAUUUACAUUUCAAUAGUGCAAGUCAUGCAGAAAUUACUUUAGGGUGGGUUAUGCAGGUCGGUAAGACAGGUGUUCGCUCCUAUAUUAAAGAACCUGUAAUCACAUUUAGGAAUAGAGGCAGAUUAAGAGCAGAGAGGUUUGCUGCAUCUCAUUUUGAACAUACCAGUGUUAAGGAGACGAUAUAGGAGUCAUGUAUCAGCUCAAGGCAAGUCUGCAUAGAAACUGAAAAUAUGUCAAAUACUCCCUGCACAAAACGUGAGAUAAAAUGGAUGGUAAGCAGAGUGAAGGCCCUAGGGAUAUACUCUGCAUUAGACUGGCUGACUCUCCACUCAGUAUAUAUGACCCUUCUGUGCUCUGGUAGGGAGGUUGCUAUGGACCAAAGUGCCUUUGGGAGGUAUGAUUUCACAAGUUUCUGGUUAUAUUUAUUAUUAUUUCAUUUUACUUCCCAAUAUGGUUAACAGAAAAUGAUAUAGUCCCAAGGAAAAAAGAAAGUAACUGCCCUGGUUUAAUUUUGUUUCUGAUUACUUAGAAUUUGGUUUUAAAUGUGUGAAAUUUUUUUAACUAAACAGGAGCAAGGCUUGGUAUUAUUACAGACAAAAUGACUUUCACAUGAGACCAGUGUUUCUUACUUGCACAAAGGAUUCCUACUGGUUUGGAUGUUCACACACAAAAGUACUUCUCAUCCAUAUAAAUUAUCUUCAUGCUCUCAUACUACAUCAACAUCAAGACUAUCAAAAUGUUUAUUUCAGCUGAUCAUCUAUAUUUCCCUUUCUGCCCACUCUUCCUAUCCUCACCAUUUGCAUCCUGACGUCCUUUCUUUGUUUGUUGUAAUACAUCUCAAUUGAAAAGGUAUAAAUUCUGUUUUAAAAAGUCUAAUUAAUUAAUUCCCCUCAGUGUUUUUUCAUGCCCAUCACCUCUGUCCAACUUAAUGGGGUAAAUUAAUGAGUAAUUUGCGGAGGUUGAUGUUGUACCAUCAUCUCAGGUCAGAAGGGCGUACUGAUGUUAUUAACUCCUCCAGACUGGGAGCCUGAUUGAAAUUAAUGACGGCUGCCUUCGCCUGUCUAGCUUUCUUUCUGCUUCUCCGAUGCUUGACCAAGUGCCACCUCUUUCUGUCGCUUCUAACUCUUGCAGACAGAAAUGCUCCUCAGACAAAUAGUCUGAAAAACUAAGGUCAGAUUUAUGCUUCAUCAUGACCGUGCUGGUUAUGAGCAGGCCAUUGUGAGCUAGUCUGGGAUUUAACCUCCUGGGUGAAUGGUGAUUCUUUCUCUUUUGAGUCUGAUAGGUCAGAAAGGACCAGUCCAUCAGGCCUGUAAAUAAUGCAUUCCUAUUUGGUUUUCCACUGGGUUAAUCCUGAUAUCACUGUUUUGACAGGUCUUGAAUUCAACCACUGUUCGAGGUGUGAGUUUGAUGGCGAAAGUGAGAGUGGUCCAUUAAAAAGGUCAGCCAGUAGAAGAUACAUCUGUUGUGAAAAAAUAGAAGAUUGUGCUCAUGUGCAUGUUUAAACAAAAACAGCACAUUGUACAAAGUAUGCAGAAAAUGUGAAUUGCAAUUUUUCAGUGCCGUCAGCAACAAAAAUAACAAUUCUCUUCACCUCCGCUUUAUUGGUGCAGUGGCAGAAAUCUCAGAUAUAUCAAAAACUCAAAAAAAGAAAAAGAAAAAUCUGAACAGCUAGAUACCUAAAGGGGUAAACGAGAAAAUAUUAAUAAUAAUUUAAAUUUUUGGGUGAACUGGCCAUUUUAAUUAUGCUGUAAUCAUCCGUCCACUGUUUUUGCUUUUGAUAUUCCAUUGUGUUUCAUAUUGAGUAAUGAUUUUCCCUCUGACCUCUCUAUGUCAUCUGUUGCAGCCAAUCCAAUAGACCCACUAGCGUUCACAAUGGGAUGUCAAAUGUGCAUCAUUACUCUGCUAUCUAAUCAAUAGAACUUAAUUUGGAUGAGUGGGAGCAAAUAAAAAACACUGAGGAAAUUCCCUUGGGCGCUUAGUUGGACAGCUUCCAUUUUUAUAAAGGACCCAGUUUUCUAUUUUGGCCUAUAUUGUUCAAAUUCCACUGGCAGCUACCCUGCAUGUUAGGUCCAAAGAAUCACCAAUCAAUUUGUUUUAGAUUAGUACCACGGGCUAUGCAGGGGUGGAGGCUUUUUAAAAAUAAUGGCUUCCUUUGGCUGAAUGUGGGUAAUCGAGCUGAGGUUACCUGCAUAUACCCUCAAGGCCUGUCCCUAGAUUUAAGGAAUAACAUUAGCUCAGUUAUUUAUAAGCACAGUGUGUCCAGUUGUCAUAAUUUGCACUAAACAUCAUUACUCAUUUUCUUAUUUGAACACUCUUACUUUUAUUCAAAUCUAUACUUGACUUUUUCUCCAGAUGGACUUCAUUCUGCUCUGCCCUGUUUCUGUAAAAGCACAUAUUACUAUACAUUUAAGUUUUUACAUGCAAUCCAUCCACAAGAAGGCCAAGCCUUGCUCCACUCCUGGGUUAUAUUUUCUGUCUUAAUCAGGUAUUCAUUUUCAGAAGUUAUUUUCGCUUGACAGCAAUCAUUUUAACCCCCCUUACAAUAAGGGGUGUCUGACUUCAGUCCUUAGGGGCCAGAAUCCACAAGUUGAGAAUGAUCUAGUUAAUGGAUGUACAGAUACUGUACCUUAGGUACCUGCCUGCAUGUCUUUUCUCCAGUCUGGCCAAUUAGCAACAUGAUGAAUCAAUGUGAAGAAAUCCUCUGACAGUGUCAGGCUUUCAGAAGAAAGUAAUAAAUAAAUAACCGAGAACAAGUAAGAAGGCACGACAUGUGGCAGUCCCUGAGGAGUAAAGUCAAACCAUCUCUGUCCAGAGCUGUGAAUCCCAAAAGUAGAUUGAAACUAGUAAUCAAGCAUAGAGUCUGCUCUAAACAAAGUAAUAAAACCAUUCACUGGGCCUCUUGUUUUUCCAAAGUGGGGUCACAGAGAGUCUAAGUGCAAAGAAAUCUGACUUAAUGUCAAGAUUAUGGUCUUGGAGAUUAACAGGUACUUUGGGCAGAACAGCUCUGGUGAAUAGGCAUCUUUUUUUUUCCCUUUAUUAUUAAUCUAAGAACUAGAAGGGUGGUUUCUAUAGGCCUCAAACUAAUUCAUGGGAGUUUUAUACUGUUCUAAACUAUAUUGCUGGCUGCCUUGGGGACUCAUUGCUGCACAAGUUUGUUUUUUUCAUUUCAGCUUUCUAAGUUUUUGAGGGUUGAGCUUAUUGAAAAACACAAAUCAAUAGUCAUGGAAAAUCAUGGAACAACACUCUUGAUUUCCUCCCUUUGGAGUUGUAGUUGCUCUCAAUGCGAACCUCUGGCAGAGAAACUGUAGACUUGCAAUGGUUCCCUGAGAAUGGCAGAGAGGUCUCCUUGCUCCUGUUUAAUUAAACUUUAUUAUCCAUACAAUAAGGUGCAGUGGGAACAUGGACUUUGUUUUAGUGCUGUAAACAUUAAAACAUUGUACAGAUAGAGGCUGACUUUAUGCUUGCAGGAGCAAACCUAGAAGCAUUCCUCUUCCUAUCCCCUUAUGUUCUAUUAACUUGUUAAUGGUGAAGGAGAUAGGGGCUUAAGAACUAGUGCUCUGAAAAUAACCUUUUGUCCCGUCUCUUGAAGUAUCGGUUUAGAAAAUGGGAGUCAUGGGACAAAAGUUAUGUGAUAAAGGGAAUUCAACAAAAUAUCCCUCGAAUUUAAUCUCCAACGUUGCCCUGAUACAUUUAUCUCCCUUACAAAAUUGUGCAUUCUGCUGAACAGAAUAAUAUAUUUAUGUUGUAAACAUGUAAAAUAUGAUACCUUUUUACAUCAGAUACAUUUCAGAAGCUGCAGUUUGGUGCAAUUUGAAGAUAAGUAUUUUUGUGACAGGGUGGGACAGUCCUGCUUUCCACUAUAGGGUUAAACAGGGCUAGCCAGGGCUUAAUUCACAGUUUUAUACAGCUACAUCAUUCAAGACUAAUAGUAUCCGCAAACCUUGGUUUCUUCAUAGAGAUGAUUUCUUCUGAGGCCUUAUGAACACAAUAAUAAGGCAUUCAAACAAACCUGUAUGCAGAGCAGCUGUACUUUGGAGGUAGACUUCUCUUGGGCUGUCACGAAUCUUGAUAGACAGAGCCAAAAGUUCAGGAGGCUUCUUUGCAUUGUCUCAAAGGCAGACCUUCAUGUCAGGCUGUAUAGAAAUGUUGCCUUCUUGGACUGACAGACACUGGCAUCACCUACUGUAGAUCGUUUGAUUGACAGAGGUUUGCUGGAGGCAAUAUGCAGACUUAAGGAAAAAGUACUGCUUGGAAGGCUCAGUUCAGAGCACAACCCCCCUUUGAAAAGCACAGAUUUUGUCUGGCCAAGCUCAUUCAACUGUAGCCCAGUGAACAAGGCAAGAGGAGAUGGUUAAAUAUAAUGAAGCCGAGAACUCUGAGCAUGAGCUGAAAAAAUGAAUAUGACCAGAGUUAUGGUAACUGACCUUCACAGUUCAGUUUGAGAGCCAAAUUAGCUAUGUAGUUAUUUAUCCCAUAAUUUUGUUAGCAUUAAUAUUAUGCUCAUGAAUUAAUGAAUAGUCAGUGCCUACCUCCCUGUUUCAGUUCUUUUUUCAUUUUUUUUGUUUUGUUUUUGUGUGUGUGUGUGUGUUUAACUAUUUGAUAAUUCAAAGUUAUUUCUUAGUCUUGACUUCUGAGUCAUUUUUAAACAUUUGCAUUAUUUAAAAAAAAACUGCACUGCAUUUCUCUCAUAUUUUCUAUUAUUAUAAUAAUAUAUUUUGAGUAUUGUACAGUCUUGGCAGAUUUAUGUGCUCAUUGAGCCUUUUCUACACUUUUUUAACCACUCUGAAACUCCGCUGCUCUUUGGCUCUGCCUAAAGAACUUGCCUACCUUGAGAGAUGCUCUGCCCUGUGAGAUACUCUGAGUGACAUGUUUGUAUCUGACUAUUUAAGUGAAAGCUACACAGAGGAUUCAACCGCUAACCCCUAUAUGCUCUAAGACCAGCAAAGCUGACCUUUGCCCUGGCUAGUUUUACUGGCUCUAAAGAGGAAGCGGGACUGUGGUUUAACUGCAAACAAUACUGUCUGUCUGCUGUUGAGGUUGAGUCGUUAAUCUGUUGAUUCAUAUGUGGGUUGAACCUGAUCUGUUGAUCAUUUGACUCCUCAACCGAAUGAGAAAGACUGACCGAGGGAGUUCUCUUGUGAAUCCAACAUACAACAAAAGUGGAGGAGUUUCUACCGGUGGCCAACUGUGACAAACACACACUCUCACACAACCACACAUGCACAGACACUAUUGUAGAGAAUCAAUGAAUAUACUGUACGUGUUUGAAUAGAUUAGAGUUACACUAUAUGGACAUGAAAUGUGAGAACACACACAACAUAUACUUUUCCAUGCAUAACUGAAUAUACAUAAUACACACAUACACAUUUAUACACACAAACACCUUCCCACACACACAAAACAUACCAUAUUCACACCUGCCCACAAAAAAUACGGACUAAAUAUUUCUAUCCACGUUUACAGACACAAAUGGUCUUAAAGUGCCAAAACGGCAAGUUUUAUGUGCAAGUGGAGUGGAACCAAACAACUGUAGAAAUGCCCUUACAGGCCUAUAUAUCAUAUUUUUUGUUGUUAUGUAUUUAUUCUCUGUAAUUUAUGCAUUCUUUUUCUCAACACUUUGUAUUUUAGUGUUAUAGUUCUCAUGAUCUGUUAUCUUUGUAUGUUGGAAUGAAAUUUCUCAUUGUGAAUGUCACAUUUGCAGUUCUCAUGGGUCCUUCUGGUCUGUCUGAGUUUAAAAUUACAAGUUACAUAUUACAAUUUUCCCCACAGCUGAAGAAGCCCUUUCCUUUGCAACACCUCACUUGAUUAGAUACAAAGAUUAACUGAGAGCACAAUUUUUAAUAAGUGACUAUAACCUGUAUGAAUAUUUAGGAUUAAGUCCUAUUUUUGGUCAGUCAACGCUUUUUAGGUUUUGUAGAUGAUAUAAUUUUAUGUCUUCAGCUUUUCGGGUACAGGCACACCCAUUCAUCCGUACACACAAACACACCCUGAGAGCUGUGUUGAGGAGCUGAUAAGAUGCUUGUCUCUGCUGGGCUUUUCAAGGACCUUGUUUUUCAGUUCCUCUUAAGGGGAGACAGAAAAAAAAAAGAAGAAAAAAAGAGCAGCAGGCAUGUGUCCUUUUGGAAGAUUGAAGUGGUUGAAAUUAAUAUUAUCCUGUGCAUAUGUGUGUUCUUAGUGCUUGUCUACUUUUCAGUAUUCGUAUGUGUACGUGCAUUUUAUCCACUUCCACAUUACCUGUUCUGUCUGACAAUGUAGCUCUGCAUGAGUGCACCCUCAACAUGAAUGGGUAGCAUUCAUAAUCCUACGAGUGAGUGUGUAUCUGUUUGUGUGUGAGGGAUUUUGUUAUGAAGGUCUGUUCUGUCGAAGGAGUGACAGUUGAGGCAGGGCAUCUGAGGCAUUUUCAAUUAAUCUGCCUCACAGUCUACAGGGCACUCCAAUAAGGCUGCGUUUAUUCACUUGCUUGCUGUCACUCUCUCUCUCUCGCUUCCCCGCUCUCUCUCGCUCACACACAAAUACUCGCUCGUUCUGUCACACAGGCAUAGAUUGUAAUUGCAUGCUGUCCAUUCCAUACACACUUUUCAUUUGCACGUACACACUCAAUGCAGACAAUCAGCCAACACACGGAUUUCAUGUCUCACACAAGCACUGCUUGUAAUUACACACCAUCAUGCGUGCGCACCAUAUUGUUUCUGAUAUGGUAAUCCCAUACUUAUUCAAGUAUGCACCAAACUUACACUCCUCUUCUGCACAUUACUGUCAUAUUGUCAUCCUGAUCAAGUGAAUUCUCUUUCUUCUCUUUCUAUAAAGCUUUCACUCCUGCUACUCCUGCCCCUUGUUGCCUUAUUAGCAUUGGCACAGCAGGUUAUCUUGCAGUCUGACAACUAGUGUUUUGCGCUAGUUAACCCAACUCCUGCCCUGCAGCAGGGGUGGGGGGCAAAAUAAAUGUCUGACCACAUGUAGACCUUGGUUAAGUAAAGGGGAGGCUUUGAAUUUUGGCUUUUAAACCCCAGUGUUGCAGGGACUAUCACUGCUGUUUACUGACUUUUGGUUCAGUGAUUUGAGAGAAAAAGGGGUACAGUGGAACAGAGCUAAACAAAAUGGGAAGAUACUGAAGAAGACAAACAGUAAUGAAAAAUAAGAAAAUGACAAAAAGGAUUUAGAGAAAUUUAUCUAGUAGUCCACAAAGUAAACUGUAGUGUUUGUGCUACUGGAUGCUCCACAGGUCAUUUUAAUCUCGCACUGUUAAUUCCCUUUGACCCUGACACUGGGACUGCAAGAGAGGCAGCAUUGUACAUACAGUCUGCAGUUUGGCUGUCUGGCUGUCAAAAAUAUACUUGAGCAAGCUACCAGAUAUUUAUUACCUCACCAUAAAAACGGUAAAAUGGUUGAAACCAACAAUGUCUUAGUCUGUUGGCUCUCAGCCCCAAGUCCAUUGGUUUCUACUGGAGACAUUAUUCCAAAUAACACAUUUUUUUUUAAAAAAAGGGUUAGUUAUUUCCUGAAACAGCUGGGCACCUGAUUUUUUAGUAAGCAUUACUUAAACAGGAGCCAGUGGUGUAUUUUAGGGACUAUUUUUAGUGGCAAUAAAGUGCUCUAGAGAAUAUUUAAAGCAGCGGGAUGGCAUGAUUGAACCGAUAUAAACUACAGUAAACUACUAUCAUAUUAAAGGUUAAAUUAUGGUAUAGCAGACACUGGCUAGACAAACAGUACUUUUUUUUUUAAAAGGACACAUUUCUCAUGACAAAUUAAGUAUAACGUACAUUCAGCAGCAUUAAUUCUACCAGUACAAGAACAUAGCAAUGCUACAUGAAAAAGUGCUGCGUUUGCACCAACUAGAUCAGUAGCAAGAACAAAUAAACAUUUAAAUAUUUCUGCUAAAGUGUGACAAACAUACUACAAAAAAUAAGAAAUUAGACAUAAAAAUCUGAGUCUACUACUACUAGUACUACUACUACUGAUGUGCUGAUCUGUGUUAUCUGGUGUUUCACCACAGUAUCAGUGCCAAUUCUGCACAAUAGCCCACAGCGUUCAGUGCAUUUUUGCUAAUAUACCAAAGUUUCAUUACUUCCAUUUACCCUCUUGAUUUAAUUUAAUUCAAUUCAAUUAGAUUUUUGUCUGUUUACGGUGACAUAUGACAUAAUCUUGUCUUCUUCCAACCUGUGUGAUGUAAAGUUUUAUCUUGGCUGUAGGGGUUUAGUGUGGUUAUUCUGAGUAAUACUGUCAAUGCUGAUCAGCUGUAAAUCAUGUUUAACAAAAGGCACACAAGUGUAUUCAGAUAUCAAAAGCCUAUUUUUAAUUGGGUAUCAGCACUCAUUAAAUUUGGAAUACCAUUAUGUAACCUCUAGCGUUCUUUCUUUGAACAACAAUGUGUUGCUUGUUAUUGUCCUGAUAAAAUAAUAACAAUUCCCAGACAAAUCCCUUUUAGAUAGAAGGAUAUCCAUUAUUAUUUUCUGACAGACCCAGACCCAGUUACACUAUUGCUAAAAUAUUAGCAAUAGUGGAACCCAGCAUAAUUACGCCACCCCUUGCUCCUCAAGCAUCACUUAAAUAACAAUUGCUUUGGCAAUUACUAACUCUGGAACAUGAGCCAAGGGAAAUUUACUUAUGCUUCUGGUCGCUCUUUAUGUUGAACAACAACUGCAGAUAUAAUAACAGGCAUUCAAAUGUGCAUGUGAGAUUCUAUGAAGCAGGUUGUUGUGCAGCAAAUGAAUGCUGUCAAAAUAUGCUGGAUUUUGUGCACGAGUGUCUUUUUAGGUGUUGACUAUACUGAUAUUCCUUGGAUAUAGCAUCAAGUCUGUUAUAUUUAGUGGAUAUCAUUUUGUCUCUUCAUUUCUUGGUGCACUCUCUUUCCCUAAACUGAUCUCAUCUUCUUUUCUAUCAGUUAGCAAUUACCUACUUUUCCCAGAGUUACUCUCACACCUGUCACAGAAUUUCCCUGCACUUGUAUUCAUCUGGUACUUGUGUAGGUGGAAGCAGCAAUAAGUAGAAGCAGUAGUAGAUAGUGAAAACACUAUGAGCUAGAGUCUCCAGUCGGAAAAAAAAGCGAGUUUCUCUUUAUUCAAAAUUUGCUGCAAUCUGUGAUCUCUCUCUUUGUUUCUGUUAUAUUUUUCCCACAUGGUUGUUCAGUUUCCAAGAAGACAGAAGAGUAAACAGUGUGAUCAAUCAAUCAAUCAAUCUAUCUAUCAAUCACUGUCUGGCAGGUCUUGACAUAUCUUGUCUCCAGAUAAAUUACUAUGUGAGUAUUUGCACCACUCAUUAAACAUAUGGCUUUUGCCGGUUGAUCUACUGCCUGGCAGGUUUUUCACUGAAGGUUAAUUUUAUCUGAGCAAAGUACAUUAAUUUCCUCAGACGUUACAAAAGCAGGACCUACCUCAGUUAUAAAAUGCUCUAGGAACCCUACUGUUGAAUGCUCGUGCACAACGGUGGCUGUUAGAUUAUAGGCACUGACCCUAAACCUGAUAUUUACUGUGUACAUUUCACAGUAAAUCCUUUCUUUGCUUUUCUCUAUUAUCAAACUCCACUGUAGCUGAAAAUAACAUGACAUCAAAUCUGUUGAUUAAACCUGAGGCAUUUUGCUUGUCCAUCCCUCAUGGCGCUGGGUCAGUGGUUCAGUGCCAUGUCACGCCGCGGUCCCCGGUUGCUGUGCAAUCGAUUACAGGCAGCAGCAGUGGUUGCCGGGGGCGACGGGUGGAACAGUCAAGGUUGCUAGGUAGCAGAUAAGAACACAGGCUCUCAUUAAUUGCCUUCUGCCACUAUGGCAGGGAAAGUACAGGAUGGUGGAUAUUGCCACAGGAUACAGGCACACAGACACACACAUUCAAAUUGGCAUACAAUAUAUGUAUACUAUACUAUAAUUGAAUGACCUUUCUAAACUAGUGUCUAUCAAUUGGCCAACAUGAGAGAAAUAAUCAAAGCAGAGAAAGGGAAGGGUUACUAAACAGACUGAAAAAUAAUUCUAAAUCUAUAAGAUUGAACUAUAUUUCUGCUUACUGUGGUAAAAGUAUUCGGUUUUGCCAUCAUACUCAAAAUUAUCACAUGGGGUAGCUUUAUUCUGCAUGUCUGGUGUCAACCUGUUUGGACAGCCAUGAAAAUCUGGGAUCAGAACCUCAAAGAGGUAAACAUGUCAUGCCCUGGGGAAUCCUGUCUUAUUGAAAUCUGGGAGAUGAUAUGUGAACAUCAUUAUUUUUCACAGUUGAAGGAUAAUUCGGAUGAUUUUCUAGAAAACUGUAGCCUCUAGGCAGUGAUAUCAUCCCAAUCAGCUGCGGUCAGAGACAUCUGACAGCUGAGCUUUGAAUUGUUGGAUUUGAUCAGACAGUCUUCGUGUUUGUGUGCUGUGCUGACUCUUAUCGAAGCAACACAACACACCACUGCCACUUUCUGUUUGUACAGGCCUCUAAUUUAAAAUGCUAACUCGAUGAACACUAAACAUGCAAUGGCCCACAUCUGUCUUCUCUGAGGGCACUCUGCACCUGCCUACAAUUUAAUGUAUAAGCCUGCUUGAUUAAACGCAAAGUAAUGCUGGCAAUUCUCUGUAAGUACCAUCUGUAUAAGAGUGGAACACUGUAAACCUGUCUUUUAAAUCAUCCUCCUGUGUGUGUUUCAUGCAGACCCAGGUGUUUUUGGAUCUUGUCUUGUCCUGACUCUACCACUGUCUUACCUUAACAACUAAGCUUUCAAAUCCAAACUUGUUGGCCCUCGCAUCGCUUCUUUAAAGAUACAGUAGUUUCUCGCAAAACCUAGUGUUACUUUCCGGAUAAAAACUCAAUAAAACCUCAUAAUUGGAGCUUAAAGGGGGGAUUUAACCCCCCAAGACUUGUGUUCUUGGCUUACAGACUGGGAUGGCAGAGUGAGCAUAUACUGUAGUGUAAGUUGGCACAUUGUGUACCAAUAUACACCAGCAAACACACACAGGCCAGGUUUUGCUUGAGUGAUGGUGUUAAAUGUCUUAAGCCUUGCAGCCAUUCAGCCUGUCUCACUCCCUAAACUUGAUUAAAUCUUCUCACUUCAUUUCUAAUUCAACCAGUUACUGCAUUAGAGUCUAUGAAGCCAGGCUUCACAUGUACUUAAGGGUGAGAGCAAUUGUGAAUAUCAAACU